AGGGAGGGGAGACAGUCAAUGAAAACCCAGCCGUCCAUGACGACAUAAUUUAGUGCACCGCUAUGAAAAUCGUGUGUUUAUCAUAAAAAAUCGGCUCCAGUGCGUGUGUCCCGUGUGUUGAACUCUCCAGACGCCCUUUGUGUACCACCAUGGUACUGCAAGCGACCAUCGGCGCCCUUCUGCUGGCGGCCAUCGUCUCGUCGACGGAGACGUUCGAGUACACAGCUCCCCGGUUGGACGUGGAUAACUUAGAAAACGGCUACCAUGGCCUCGUCAAAGAGAACGAAACCCUCGUGGAGGUGACGCCUGCGAUACGAGCGAUCGGCGAGCAAGUCUGCAGUUUUCGCAUCGUGAAUAAACACCACGGCGAAGCACCGUUCGAGAUCAUCUCGAAAGAGGACGGCUACGCCGAAUUGAGGGCACGGAGGGUCCUCAACUGCGAGAAAAGGAGGAAUUACAAGUUCGACAUAGCGGCUGUGGGCUGCAACGGCAAACAGAGCGUCAGCGCCACCGUUCACAUCACAGUCUCCGAUGUGAACGAAUACGCGCCGACUUUCUCCGAACCGAGUUACGUCAGGCAAGUGGACGAAGGGAGGAUCUAUAGCGAGAUCGUGCGGGUGGAAGCGACAGAUCGGGACUGCACGCCAAAGUUCGGCGAUGUGUGCAAGUACGAGAUACUCACAUCUGACCAGCCGUUCGUCAUCGACAUGGACGGAGUCAUACGUAAUACGGAGGCACUGGACUACGAACGCUCACACAAUCACAUACUCAGCGUCGUGGCAUACGAUUGUGGAAUGCGCCAGAGCUUACCAGUUAUGGUCACGAUUAAAGUGAACCGUGUAUGCAGACUGGGAUGGCGAGGAUUGCCGGAGAGAGUCGAUUACGCUCCCACCACUGGAAAGCAAGAGUUGUUCCCGUCGGCAAGUCUGGAAUUAUGUGACGUUCCCUGUAACGUCAGAGAAUUAAGGACCAGGGUUGAUUUGGCAACCAGACACAUUGGCAAGGGAUGUGACCGUGACACAUACAGCGUCCAGUCGCAGCGUAAACUCUGCGGGGCUUCCCCUUCGGCCAUCGAUCUCCUUCCAAGUCCCGGAGUGGGGGCCGAGUGGACCAAACCGCUCAUCUCAGAUGAGGGUCACGAAUCGGAUCAAAUGUUUGAAUUUGACGGUUCUAGCACUGCCGUUUCAAUCCCUAAUUCAGUUCUUGACCAUAAUUUACCGUCUACUUUUACGAUAGCGACGUGGAUGAGACAUGGACAGCACAACGGGCAAGAUAAACGCGUCAAAGAACACAUUCUGUGCUCCGCUGAUGAUCAUAAGAUGAAUCGUCACCACUACGCCCUCUUUGUACGUAACUGCCGCCUUAUCUUGCUGCUUCGUCGCGACUUCUCCGAAGGCGAUCUCAAUAUCUUCAGACCGGCUGAAUGGCGUUGGAAAAUCCCGCAAGUUUGCGACGACCAAUGGCAUCACUACGCUGUUAAUGUGAGGUUCCCCGAUAUUGAAUUGUUUGUUGACGGACAGGUGUUCCGCACGGAGAAGAAAAACCCAGAGGUGAUCGACGAUUGGCCGCUGCAUCCUACCAAGGGCAUCAACACGACAUUGACAGUCGGAGCUUGCUGGCAAGGCUCCGAUAAUAAAAUGAAGCAUCAUUUGAAAGGGUAUUUGGCUGGUUUGAGUGUUUUGGUGGGAGAAACGGAGAAACCUGAAGUUUUGAGUUGUUUGCAUCAAUGCAAGGAGAGUCUACAGGUGCCUGCAAUGGAGCUGCUGCAACCAGGAAUGGAAUUGUUGACCAAUUCCGAUUUGACAGAAGUGACAGUUGAAGGCGACAAUCGUACCAACUUGGAAACUUUGGUUAGGAAGAUCGGGUACGCGAACAGUCGAGAGUUUCCGACCCCCGGUCGCAGGAACUUGCGAUUGACAACGACAGUGACUUGCGAUAGUGGCAAGACUGUCAAAGUACCAGACGCUCAAACUUACGUGAUGGUACUAAGACCCCAAACGCCCUCUAUCAAUUUAAACGGAACGGGAAACAUGGCGCGAAAAUAUGAAGAUUUCAGAAUGGGCGUGAGGGUCCUCGCUGAUAUUCACAUUUCCGGCGAACAAAAAUUAGACAAGUGUUCGUUGACCAUCUACCCUAACCUCAAUCCAGACCACGAGAAUCUAAGCGUCCCUGAAGAGAUGUUGAAGAGGUUGGGAAUGGCGGCUCGCGUCUCUAAAGAUGGCGUUACAAUCACCGGGUCAGACAUGGUAUUCAAUUAUCAACAAGUUCUUAGACAAAUAGUUUACACUAAUAGAAAACCAGCCUACUAUCUAAAUCGUGUGUUCAAACUUACCUGUUCCGAAUUGAACGGACGUUUCACUUCUAACGAAUAUGUACAAACUCUUACUGUGAUCCAUCCUCAACCUAAAGAGCCAAUCGUUGCUCAUGCUACUAUCAAUAAACAUAAUGUUGAAUUGAGGCCAGCUUCUGUCGUAUCACGUGAUUACAUUCCAUCGGAACACUUAAAUCUAGUAGCCAGUGGUGGUUCACACGCCGUCACCAUCAUUGUGGUGGUGUGUGUUGGAUUUUUGUUGUUCAUGAUCGUUUUGGGUGUGAUCAGGAUUAGGGCGGCGCAUCAUAGAAAUGCGUCGGAGGAGGCUCAAGACAGCGAGAUGACGUGGGAUGAUUCUGCUUUGACAAUCACCGUUAAUCCUAUGGAGAACGCCGAAAGAAAAUUGGAGGGCCACUCUGCAGACUAUAGCGAGAGUGAGCAGUCGGAUUCUGACAGUUCCUCCGAUGACGACAACAUCGACGGUCCUUGCAGAAUCCCUGAUUCUUCGGACGACGAGGAGGAGCAACCAGCGCGCAGUCGUAAACACGACUACCAAAACAUCAGCCAACUAGAAUGGGACCAUUCUACCAUGUAAAAAUUCCAACAACAAGUAAACAACUCAAAAAAAGUAACAACAUAAAAAACAGCAGGGCUGAGAGGCGUUCUUCAACGUCGUGUUUACAACAUUUGUAAAUUUCUCUUCGGUGGUUUUAGCGCGGUAAAAAAAUAAUACGUAAAGGUUUGAGCCAAAACAGCAAAGCCUUUUCGUAAAAUACUAUAAUUUCGCUGGGCGGUCGUAAAACUGCCGCCACAGGGGGUUUUACGAACGCGUCGCGAUUGAUAUCAAUAAUAAUCGUCCAUAAUGUUAGAGUUAUACAAGUUGUAUAUCCCUUUCACUUAGCUAUUAGUAAGGAAGAGAGGUCGGGAUGCGUCGACAUCUCCGAAAGGCAACAAGCGAUGUGUGUCAAAGCGGGCCGCUUUGGAGAUGUUGGCGACACCCUGUAUAUAAUAGAUAGCUAUUUCCUUCACCCUUUCGCUUGGAACGCCUGUUUGUUUUCGGUUAUUUAAGGGCAGCCAUAUUAUUUUUAACUCGUAAUAAGGUAAGUUUACGUUAAGUUUUUACUAUACAUGUAUUAGGGAAAGUCUUUCCUUCUAUUUGAGAAGCUUCGACAAUAAUUAAGCUUGUUUCAGUUUUUUAUUACUCAGUAGAGGUGGCAGCCGCGUUUUCUAAACCGAAAGACUUUCCUUGGAUGGUUUUUUUAUUAAAUUAUUGAGUCGUUUCGUUUAUUCAUUUUUUUAUUUAGCCUAACUUUAGGGCCUAUGUUUAUCGAGUAUUUUUCUUUAUUAACCAGACGCUUAAUUUUGUACUUAGUACUUUUAACUCACUUGUCCCGGACUAUUCCUCGUAUUGUCAUAUCAAAUUUUUACACUGUCGCUGGUUCUCGAAUUAAUUUUAACGCAAGAUUUUUUAUUUUCAAUUGAUGUUUGUGGACUCUCUCGCACAAGUUUCAUGUCUCUAAAAUAGUGGAUAAUUGAGGUAAAAAAAAAUACAAAAAGGUGUACAUAAAGUUUUGCAGCUAAAUAGUAUUUUUUUGUAUCGUAGAUGAUGGGUACUUAAAUAACGAAUAAAAAUGGUUUAUUUGUUACAAAAACGCGAUAUAAAAAUGCAAUAGUAGGUAUGUAUAAAAAGAGAACAAAUCUAUAUCAUAUUUGCAAUAUGUAAGUGUUCUAUUGUUUUUCGUCGCCAUUUUGUUUAUACCUGUUGGCAUAUUAGAAUAGUAGCUGUGAUGUUGAUGAAAAAAAAGAGGAUGUUUUAGUAAAAAAGCACUUUAUUACUCAUUAUGUUCCGUUUUUUUAGUACACAGUGUUCGACUGUUGAAACUGUGCGAUUUUCUCGAAUUUUUAUUAAAACAAAAAAGUUGUAUAUUUGAAAUAUGUAGAAAGUGUAAUUAUUAUAAGUAGGAGGUGUGGUGAAAGUCGCUUAUUUUCAUUCGGUCGAACUCUGUCAGAUGAGUAUUUAAAAAAAAGUAAUAACACUAUUUUUGACAAGUACGUAACAAAGACGUUACAUUCCAUGCAUAUAUUUGUAAUCUUUGUAUCUUUAACAGUUACGAGCUUUGUUGUGUGUUUACAAAUCAGAAAUCAAAUAAUCCGAAUAUCUUUAGGUGUCAUACCACAAUAAUUAUGUAAUACAUAAAUGUAUAAUAAAUAACAAAUAUA